UUAUCUUCAAGAGAGUCCACAUAUCUUUCCUCAAGAAUCAGAACAGCCUCAAUAAUUCGUUGCAAUGUAUAGCUUGAAUUGGUACACCACUAUAACAAAAUGGGUUAAGUUAGUUUGGAACAAAUAUUCGGAGCCAGUGUAUCAUUCUGUAGAGGCCUUUAUCAGAUGGAUCGAAAUAGCAGCAUUGGGUCCCAAAUGUGAUGGCUUCUAUUUGCACAAAAAGAUCAAAGAAAUGCUUGGAGAUAGAAGGCUUAGUGAGACUCUAUCCAAUGUGAUAAUUCCCUCUUUCGAUAUCAAGCUUCUCCAACCAAUAGUUUUCUCCACCUUAAAGGCGAGACAUGACGAUUCAGAGGAUGCUCCGCUAGCAGAUGUUUGUAUCAGCACUUCUGCAGGACCAUAUUUCCUCCUUCCAUAUUAUUUUGAAAUCAACUCAUCAAAAGGCACCAAGAAAUUCAACCUGGUUGAUGGUGGUGUUGCGGCCAACAAUCCUGUAAAUUUAAUUUUCAGAAACAAUGUUUUGAUUGCAUUUUCCCAUCAAACAGAAUACUGUAAUGAGAUUUUUUUACACUCUUAACUGCUUUUGAUAAGUUUAUCAGACUUUGCUAGCAAUAUCGGAGGUGAUCUUUAAAUAGGAAAGUUCCAUGCUUGAACAACAUGGAUUUCAGUAAACUUCUUGUUCUCUCCCUUGGAACUGGAUCAUCAAAGAGGGAUGAAAAGCUUGAGGUUGGGGAUGGAAAAAGCUGGGGACUCUUCCACUGGUUCAUGGGGCCUAACGGUACCAACCCCUUAUUUGAUGUUGUCCAGACUGCAAUGGAUGAUAUGGUUGACAUAUAUUUAUCUAUUUUCUUUCAAGGCUCUAGUAUCAAGGACAAUUAUCUACGAAUUCAUGUAUAUUCCAUCCUGAACAUUGAUUUUUCUAUUGUUCAAUUUUGCUUCUGAAGACA